AUGGAAGAUGGCGCGGAUCAUGAGCAGCAACUCGGCAAAUUGCAUAAGUUGCGUGACGUGUAUCUCCAGAUCGCGAAGGUGGCCCAGGAAGAGUGCCCGAUUGCAUCACUGCAGCACAGU